UCUUUCUCUCUCUUUUGCCUGUAGGUAGAAUAUAAUUUGGAAUAACCUCGUAUAUGACAUUCGAAGAACCCAAUGCGUUUGGCAUUAUGUGUUCAUCAGCUUAUAACUAUUUAUAAAGUUAGCUGGUUGACUGAUUUACUUAUUUCGUCGAAUAAAAACAUUACUCGAGCCACGAGACAAUCAUUCUUGUGAAAUUUAUGAAUUAGUUAUAUUUAGGAAUUAUUACAAUAAACAUGGCUCUGUUAGGUGCACAGCUCGCUAUUACUAUUAUUAUGGUCAGUGUCAUUCAAAAAUUAACUCCACAUUUUUCAUUAGCAAGAUGGAUGUUAUGUUCCACCGGAUUGGUUCGAUAUUUACAUCCAACGGACCAGCAACUUAGAAUCCUUGCUGGUUUACCUAAAGACAAACAUAAAAAGGGUAAAAAUGUAGAAAAUGGUAAGGUGAGAGAUGUAUUUCAUGUCCCUAGAAAUUUGGAUCUUACAUUGAAAAGUGCUAAGAUUACGGUAUUAGAUGUAAUACAUUUAAAGUAUUACAUGGAAUAUCAAUGGUUAUUAGAUUUUUCUAUUUAUGCUACAAUCGUAUAUGCAAUGACAGAGGUAUAUAAUUAUUUCUAUCCAAUUAAAAAUGAAAUCAAUUUAAGUAUGCUUUGGUGCACGUUGGUAUUGGGCUUUGCAUUUAAGGUAUUACUUUCAUUUUGGAUACGAUAUUUCAAGGGAGAAGAAAGCGUUGGUGAAAGAUCUACGUGCAUUGUUUCUGGAUUUACAUAUCUUCUAAUAGCUAUGAUUGUGCUAAUUAUAGAUGAAAAAACUCUUGAGAUUGGACUGGAGAAAGCAUAUACGAGCUUUAACCACAGCGCCUCCUUGUUUUUAGACAAUCAAGGCCUUUCUUCUACGGGUCCUGCAUCAAAAAUUGUUGUAAAGUUCUUCCUUGCUCUAUGGUGUGGAUUUAUUGUAUCUCUUUUCACUUUCCCAGGUUUAAGAGUAUCAAAAAUGCAUUGGGAUGCAUUGAGAUAUUACAAAGAUAGAAAACUUUUGCUGCUAAUAGCAAAUAUAAGUUUUGCUUCACCACUUCUGUUAAUUUGUCUAUGGGUUAAACCAAUAAGCAGAGACUAUCUUACUGUUCGAAUUUUUACAGGAAUGAAUGGCCCACUAAUGACUGCUGCAUCUUUUGAAAGCAUGAGAUUAAUAGUAAUAAUUCUUGUACUUUUAUUAAAAAUAAUUUUAAUGCCAAUGUAUUUGCAAUCCUAUUUAAAUUUGGCUGUAUCAAGGUUAGAGAGUCAGAAAAAAGAAGCAGGCAGAAUAACCAAUGUUGAAUUGCAAAGAAAGAUUGCAGCUGUGUUUUAUUACUUGUGCGUUGUAGCAUUGCAAUUCAUUGUUCCAAUUAUUAUGUGUUUAUUUUUUACAUUUAUGUAUAAGACACUUGGUAAUUAUACAUGGGAAGGUAUUAUUAAAGGUACGCUGGUUGAAGAAUGUCCAGUUGAUGAACCAACUAAAUUUGUACAGAAUAUCAACAUAGAAGCUAACAAAACGACUGUUGCACGAACUGCCAAAGAAAUUCAGCGUACAUUUGGUUCAUUAAAACAGAUAUUUACUAUCGAUGUAUACAGAGGUUUGUUAGGAUUAGCAACGUGGUGGACUUGCUUUGCGCUGUUUGCUACCACAGCUAUGGGAAUGUUUUAUCAAUCAUACUUUAUAACCAUGUAAAAUCCCUUAAAAAAUUUAAUGUUACAGCACACAAAUUCGCAUCGUUCCUCGCAUCAUACCUUCCAUAUUAAUGCCAUGAAUACAUUACAUUGAAAAUUAUCCCAUAUCAAUAAAAAUACAUGUUUUUAGAGAAUACCUUUACUUAAAAGUGGAUAUAUAUAUACAUACAUCUAUAAUAUUGACCGUUUUUCGAUCGAUUGUAAUGGGUAUUGUCUAUGUUAGAACGCUAUUAGUGACAAGAACACGACUGUAAUACGAAAAUGUAGGAAAUAUGUAUGCUUCUUUCAGAAUAUUUGCCAAAAUAAAUAUACAAAGAAUAUA